AUGUCUUCCAGUGCGCCGAACUACGGCUUGGUGACCAGUAUACAAACAAACGAAGCAUAUGCCCCUUUUGCCCAUUAUUCACAAGCAAUCAAAGCCGCCGGUCAGGUAUGGCUGUCUGGCCAAAUUCCGGCUGAUGCCCACGGCAAUUUGAAUAAGGGAUCCAUGACCGAGCAGACUCAGGCAAUACUAAAGAAUACCGAAGCAAUCCUCAAAGCCUCUGGUACCGGACUUGAUAGAGUCGUCAAGGUGGUGGUCUAUGUCAAAGAUGCUAGUGUCAUGCCCGAGUUUGCGUCUGUUUAUGAUUCCGCCUUUCCUCAUCGCCCUGCGCGGUCUAUGGUAGAGGUGUCGAAACUUCCCGCCGGUGUGGACAUCCAAGUUGAUUUCAUAGCUGUCAUCUGA